ACCGUGUAGAUGUAGAAAGACCGAAACCACCGCGAGUGAGACACCCAUAUCAUCAUCUAUACUCCAUAACGUACGGUACUGUUGAAUCAAACAGUGGAUUUUUUUAACAAUGACAUGGUGAUACAUUAUUGAAGUAGUGCUUUUUACCAUUUUAAAAUUAACUUACUAAACGUUUCAUCAAUAAAGGGACCAUGAAGUGUUCAAUAUUUAUUAUAUUAGUCUCAGCUUUUUACGCAUCAGCCAUUGUUCGAUUACCGGGCUUAAUACAAGUUUCAUCACCACCGCGCAUGAUAAAACAACCACCGACAGAUGAAUUGCUCUUUCAAGUAGCGCAGCAAAACGAAAAUGAAAAGCCGUUUGUUAUUGAAUGUGAAGCUGAGGGAGAACCAGGGCCAGUCUAUACGUGGAUAAAAAAUGGAAAACCUUUUAACUAUGCUGCGUACGAUGACCGUAUAUCAGUACAACCUGGUCGCGGAAGUCUCGUGAUUGCAAAACCGCGGGAUGAAGAUCUGGGACAGUACCAGUGUUUCGCUAAAAAUGAAUUCGGUACAGCAACUUCAAACUCUGUAUUUGUACGUAAAGCCGAGCUAAAUUCGUUCAAAGAGGACGAAGUACAAGCGCUGACCGCUAACGAGGGUGACCCCUUUCAUUUGUCUUGUGCGUCACCCGAUGGUUGGCCAAAGCCAAAUAUUUUUUGGAUAAUUCAAGACUACCAGGGUGCCAUUAAGUCUAUUAAUAAUUCCCGAAUGACACUUGAUCCGGAAGGUACACUCUGGUUCAGCAAUGUCACAAGAAAUGAUGUUUCUGAAGACUUUUACUACAAAUGUGCCGCAUCAAGUCAAGCUCGUAAUGAAUUUAAACUUGGUAAUUCAUUUUUAUUGAAUGUUAUUUCCGGUGGAUCUUCAAAUACUCUCAAUAAGCAUGAACCAGUAAGACAGUACGUAACUCGUAAAAAUGAAAUAGCAUUUCGUGGAAAAAAAGCCAAACUGUAUUGCAUAUUCGGUGGUACACCACUGCCGGAAAUAAUAUGGAGUAAAGAUGGUGAACGUAUUAAAACAUCUGACCGUAUUACGCACGAUGAUUAUGGUAAAUCGUUGGUAUUAAAACGCGUUGAUUUUCAAGACCAGGGAGUUUAUACUUGCGAAGCUUCAAAUGGUGUUGGACGUGCUAUUUCAUACUCGAUUAAUUUACAAGUCAAGUCAGCGCCGUACUUUACUGUUGAACCGGAAAUAGAAAAUGCCGCGGAAGAUGACACUGUUACAUUUAGAUGUGAAGCUCAUGGUGUACCUGAACCGGAUAUAAAGUGGAUUUAUAAUGGUAAACCUAUUGCUGAAGCACCUGACAAUCCUAGACGAGAAAUAACAACAAAUUCAAUUACUAUCAGACAAUUAACUAAAAAGGAUACUGGCAAUUAUGGUUGUAACGCAACCAAUGCCCAUGGAUACGUUUACAAAGACGUUUAUGUCAAUGUACUGGCAUUGCCAGCUGAAAUAACUCAACCACCGGCUGAUAUUGUGACAGUUGAUGGCAAAGAUGUUAUAAUGUCGUGUCGAGUAUUUGGUGCACCGAAACCUGCGGUUAAGUGGAUACGCAACGGCCAAGAAUUAACUGGUGGACGUUUCAAGACUCUGGAUUCUGGUGAUUUGAAGAUCACCAAUGUUGGUUUUAUUGAUACAGGUGCUUAUACCUGUCAUGCUUCUAAUAAACUUGGUCAAGAUGAAAAAAACGCUACACUUGCUAUUAAAGAAAGAACUAAAAUAACCGACAAGCCUGAGGAUUAUGAAGUUUACGCAGGAGCUUCAGCAACAUUUAGGUGUAAUGCUAUCACGGAUUCAACUCUAGAGUUAGAAAUCGAGUGGCUGAGAAACAACAAUUCAAUAGACUUUGAAAUUGAACCUCGUUUUGUACAAACAAGUGACAACUCGCUAACAAUAUCUAAAACAACUGAAUUGGAUUCUGGUAUUUAUACUUGUGUAGCCAAGACAGAAUUAGAUGAAACACGAGCCUCAGCAACUCUCACUGUCCAAGACGUGCCAAAUGCUCCAGUAUUACAAGGGAUACAGUGCUACGAAAAUGAAGCACGAAUUAACUGGGUAGCUAUGGGUGACAAUCGAGCGCCUAUUUCACAUUACAUCGUUGAAUAUAACACCAGUUUUACACCCGACUCUUGGGAAGUCAUCCGCGAUGAUAUUCCCGGUACUUCACAAACUUACAAUCCACCGAUGUCACCCUGGGCCAACUUUACAUUCCGCGUUAUUGCUGUAAAUAAAGUCGGUCGAUCUAAAGCGUCACCACACAGCCAAGUCUGUACUACUCUGCCAGAUGUACCUUACGAAAAUCCAAAGAAUGUUAUGGGCAAUGGAACAGAUCCCCAUAAUAUUGUCAUCUCCUGGACAGUUAUGCCGCAAAUUUUACACAAUGGACCGAAAUUUCAGUACCGGGUUAUGUGGAGAGAAGAUAUACCCGGGAAAGAAUGGGAGAGAAAGGACAUUUCAAAUUGGCGUAUAAAUCGUUACGUGAUAGAUAAUCAACCGACGUAUCAAAGAUAUCAAAUAAAAGUCGUUGCUAUUAAUGAGGUAGGAGAAUCGCGGGCUGAACCUAAAGUAGUUAUCGGUUAUUCUGGAGAAGAUGUUCCGACACAACCACCGGGUAACUUUACUGUUGAAGAGGUACAGUCGAGUACAAAAGCGUUGCUGUCUUGGUCACCAGUUCCUCCAGAAACCGUUAAAGGUGAAUUACGUGGUUAUAAAAUUCAAACAUGGACGGAGAGAGACGCCGAGGAAGGAAUGCGUGAAAUAACAAUUCCCGGUGCUAAUACAACAAGCGCAGUUGUUGAUAAAUUCGUUCCUUAUACUAAAAAUUAUGUUAAAAUCUUAGCAUUCAAUGGCAGAUAUAACGGUCCCCCAUCUGAGAUAUUGAAUUUCAAUACACCUGAAGGCGUUCCCGGUACUGUAUUGAGUUUAGACGCUUACCCGUUAGGCUCGAGUGCUCUCUUCCUCAAGUGGACUAAACCAGCUGAGUCAAAUGGUGUUUUGACGGGCUACAGAAUUUAUUACCAGAUUGUCGAAGGUACAUCGCUCGGUCCUUUGCUAGAACGGCAACCUCACGUCAAUAAUCCAGAGGCGACUUCUGCUAAAUUAGCAACUCUUAAGCCUGAAACAAAAUACCGGGUACAUAUACGCGCGACAACGCGUGCUGGUGAAGGUGUUGACUUUUACAUUGAUGCCGAGACUCGCAACUCACAGAAACCCGAUGUACCACAAUUUCAAUGGCAAGUUAUACCCAAAGAAAAUGGAUACGUUACUAUUAAAUUAACUUGGCUACGCAAUCUUAAUGGCUAUCCAGGAAGUCAUUUCUUCGCAAAGUAUAAACUCAGAGGUGAGACUAUACCACUUGAAACAGAGCAAGAAUUUUUGAGUGAUGAUCUCGAAAUAAGAGGACUUUUGAGCAGUGAAGUUUAUGUUGUAUCUAUUGUCGCUGUUGAUGGUGACUAUUUGACUGAAAGUGAACCUCAAGAGAUCGAAACAAGUAGUGAGGGCCCAAUCAUACAACCAAAAGAAAAUGUCGCCACAGCUGGAUGGUUUAUUGGUAUGAUGCUGGCUAUUGUCUUUCUUCUAAUGGUGCUGAUAAUUGUCUGCAUAAUAAAACGUAACCGCGGUGGCAAAUACGCGGUACACGAACGUGAAUUAGCUGCCGGACGUGGUGAUUAUCCAGAAGAAGGUGGAUUCCACGAGUACUCACAACCACUGGACACUAAAUCUGCUGGCGGGCGCACUUCCCUGGCAUCAUCGUCUCAUCAAGACGGCAAACAUCCGGAAUCUGAUACUGACUCAAUGGCUGAAUACGGUGAAGGCGAUACCGAAGGUAUGAAUGAAGAUGGGUCUUUCAUUGGUCAGUACGGCCGUCAAAGGAAACCAGAGCCCAAUUCACAAGCAUUUGCAACGUUAGUCUAAGGACGUUUCACAGAAGACGGAUCAUUCAUUGGUCAGUAUGGACCAAAAGGAAGACCUGAUGAAACACCAUCAAUUCCAACAGGUUCGAUGGCAACUUACGUCUAAGUCGUCGUGUCUUCAACUGACAUCUUCACCGUCGUAUGUUUUAAUUUUACUAAUGUGUAUAAUAGAAAAAAAAAAAACUAAAAAUUAAAUAUUAAAAAUCGUGGUCAUAUUAAAUAUGAGGCCGGGAAUCCUUGCCUGUCGAAUGCAGCUGCUCUAAAAGAUUUUUGCGCCGUGCGCAACGUCCAUUCUUUACUGCCAAUUUAGAUUUUUUUAUUUUUGGGUUUUAUACCAACAAAAUCAUCUCCAGAGACACUGACUGAUAAUAUAAAUUCAUAUUUUAUUAUUUUAUUUAAAUAAUUGUAGUUAUUAAUUUAACUGGGGGUCAUUGGAUAUUUUUAUCAAAGUUUUCCUCUCAACGUAAAUCAAAAAAGGAGCUCGGUAAUCUCAGCUUUGAUUUUUUUAAAGUUUUCAUUUGUUGAGAAGAAAAAUGUAGACAAAGUUUAUGCACCCGGAAGUGAUAGAGAAAAAAAAAUGGUCCCUUUGAAGGAAAAAAAAAAAUACUAGAGUCUUUUGAUUUGCAUUUAAAAUUUUUUAUUGUUGAACUGAAAUAAUAUAUUUCUUUAUGCUUUUAUUAUAAUAUUUCAUCAUCAACGACGUAACUUGUACAAUUUUUAUACUGUAGAUUUAUUAGAGAACAGGAAAAAAAAGUAAUAUUAAUAAUAAAAGACUUUAGAUUUAUCUUAUUUCGUAAUCAGUCAUUAUCAUUAAAAUUUGUCUCUUAUUAAGUAAUAAAUAAAAAAAUCUAUAAAACCCAAAUACUUUAGAUUGUCCCUCAGCCGGCAGCUAUUCAAAUAAUAAAAUAAAAAUAAUUGAAAUAUUUAAUGACAAUUAGUUUUAAUGUAAGAACGAAAAAUACUUUCAAUAAUUAGACUUUAAAUAAACUAUUUAUCCAGGCCAGAUGUCGUACACCAGCUUUACAUUUUAUUGUUGUCGAUUGAUUGAUAAUUAUAUUUAAAAAAAAAUUUAAAUUUAAAUAAUUGGUUAGUUAAUUAUUAAUCAUUUUAUAUAAAUUAUAACCGCGUAAUAAGUUAAUUAACUAAUUAACAAAUUUAUUGAAAUCGCCUUAAAAAAAAAUUUUCUUCACUUUAUUUCACAAUUAUAAAUUAAUAUUUAUAUUUAUUACUAUUGAAAUUUAAAUUUUACAAAGUUACUAGGGAUAAAUAACUAAAAAAAACAUCCCGCAUAACAGGGUAAUUGUGCGCUAAAAAUUUUAAUUAAUUAAUUAAUUAAUAAAUUAUUUUUUAUUAAGAUUUAACACAGGAGUUAAUUCUUAAAGAUUGCACUUAUAUAAUUAACGACUAUUAUUAUUCGGAUGGUGCAUAAGUGCAAUCUUAUAGAUAGUUUUAAGUGAAAAAAAAUAACAAAGCUGAUGUCGCACGGUCUGGCCUAGACUGAAAAUACCUUUUUUUAAACUGUCAACAUAAAUAAUAAAUAUAAUUAUCUUUCAACAUAACAAUUUAAAAAAUUUACAAUAAUAUUUAAAUUAAAUUUAAAAAAAAAAAGAAAAAAAAUGACUAAUCGAAAAUAAAUUUCGAUUAUAUUAACACCGAUAUAUAAAAUAUAUUAUAUUUAAAAACGAAGACGAUAAAAAAAUUAAGUACAUUUUAUUAUUAAUGUACACAGAUGUUUUUUUAAAUAUUACUAUUACUAUUAGUAUAUUAAAUUUAAAAACUACACUCGUGAUUAAUGAUAACAAGGCCUCUAAUUGUUGCUUUUUGUAUGUGAAACACGCUUUCGCUAAAUUUAUUUUUUAAAAUUCAUUAAAAUUAAAUGAAAGUUAGCCUUCCUUAUUAAAUUAUUAUAUGUAUUAUUUUGGCUAUAUAUAUAUAUAUAUUAAAUAUAUAUAAAUUUUUUUUAUAAUUGGCGCGCCAUUAUAAUUGUAGAGUAAUUAUAUACAUUGAAUAUUAUAUAUAUAUGAUUAUUUAAUAUAUUAAAUCAUUGAAUAUUUAUAUAUAUAUAAAUAUAUAGAGAUAUUAUAUAUAAAUAUAUUGAGUUAGUGUUAGAAAUUUCGAGAGAAAAUGAUAACACAAGAGCAGCUAUUAUAUUAAAGUAAUGAUAAUAAUUAUUGUCGCUAAUUAUCUUUUAUUAUGGAAUAAUUGCGAUAAAGUUUAAGUAUAUAUAUAUAUUAUUAUUAUUAUUAUUAAUUAUUGAUUAUAUUUGCACCAAAUGCACGUCCCUGUAGUUAAUUAUAUAUUAGGUUGCGACGCGUCUGUGUAGAGAUGAUUAGACUAGAAAAAAAAUGAAAUAAAAAAAAAAAUAAUAAAAUAAAAUAAAUAAAAAAAAAGGUGCGAGUGAAUUGAAGUAUAAAAAUGAAAAUAAAAUAGUACAUGGCAAAGAUAACGUGAUUGAUAGUCAAUUUGCUUAAGAUUCAUCGAACUUAGAUCUUUUUUAAUGAGAGAACAUUUAAAAUAUUUAAAAGUAAAUCAUUU